UUCAAAUCAAGCCAGACCUACAUGUCUAAAUUCUGUUUCGAAAUAAACAAAAAUCUCAUAUCCAAUGAUUUCGAUUGCCCACUGGCUAACCUCUUUUUCAGCCGGAGUUUUGGCCUCUGCGCAGGCAAUUCGUUUUUUAAAGACUGCCAAUGAAGAGGAGUUGCCUGCCAGGAUGUCUAACCAGCUAGAAACUGCGGCAAUCGAAGGAUUGAUCACGGAUGAACCGAAGAUCUUGGGGUCGGAACAGAUCAGCAGUGUCCUGCAGCAUAUUCUAAGCAGUGAGCAGAGCUCAAGUCACGUUUAUAUAGAUGCCAUGCACAAUCGCAGUGCUAAAAAGGAGGGAUACGCUUUGGGCUCUGAGUCCCUAAAUCAAAUGCUGGAGGACAUCAUGACCCCCACAGGAAAUGUAAGCCACAAGACCUUGUCCAUGGAGCCAGCCGUUGAAGUUUAGAAUUUCCA